AUGUCCACCACCCAAGCAGUGUCCACCACUCAAGCAGUGUCCACCACUCAAGCAGUGUCCACCACUCAAGCAGUGUUCACCACCCAAGCAGUGUUCACCACCCAAGCAGUGUCCACCACUCAAGCAGUGUCCACCACCCAAGCAGUGUUCACCAUCCAAGCAGUGUUCACCACCCAAGCAGUGUUCACCACCCAAGCAGUGUCCACCACUCAAGCAGUGUCCACCACUCAAGCAGUGUUCACCACCCAAGCAGUGUUCACUACCCAAGCAGUGACCACCACUCAAGCAGUGUCCACCACCCAAGCAGUGUUCACCACCCAAGCAGUGUCCACCACUCAAGCAGUGUUCACCACCCAAGCAGUGUUCACCAUCCAAGCAGUGUCCACCACUCAAGCAGUGUUCACCAUCCAAGCAGUGUUCACCAUCCAAGCAGUGUUCACCACCCAAGCAGUGUUCACCAUCCAAGCAGUGUCCACCACCCAAGCGGUGUUCACCAACCAAGCAGUGUCCACCACUCAAGCAGUGUUCACCAACCAAGCAGUGUUCACCACCCAAGCAGUGUUCACCAUCCAAGCGGUGUCCACCAUCCAAGCAGUGUUCACCAUCCAAGCAGUGUUCACCAUCCAAGCGGUGUCCACCACUCAAGCAGUGUUCACCAUCCAAGCAGUGUUCACCAUCCAAGCAGUGUUCGCCAUCCAAGCAGUGUUCACCAACCAAGCAGUGUUCACCACCCAAGCAGUGUUCACCACCCAAGCAGUGUUCACCACCCAAGCAGUGUUCACCAUCCAAGCAGUGUCCACCAUCCAAGCAGUGUUCACCAUCCAAGCAGUGUUCACCAUCCAAGCGGUGUCCACCACUCAAGCAGUGUUCACCAUCCAAGCAGUGUUCACCAUCCAAGCAGUGUUCGCCAUCCAAGCAGUGUUCACCAACCAAGCAGUGUUCACCAUCCAAGCAGUGUCCACCAUCCAAGCAGUGUUCACCAUCCAAGCAGUGUCCACCAUCCAAGCAGUGUCCACCAUCCAAGCAGUGUCCACCAUCCAAGCAGUGUUCACCACCCAAGCAGUGUUCACCAUCCAAGCAGUGUUCACCAUCCAAGCAGUGUCCACCAUCCAAGCAGUGUUCACCACCCAAGCAGUGUUCACCAUCCAAGCAGUGUUCACCACCCAAGCAGUGUUCACCACCCAAGCAGUGUUCACCACCCAAGCAGUGUUCACCACCCAAGCAGUGUUCACCAUCCAAGCAGUGUCCACCACCCAAGCAGUGUCCACCACUCAAGCAGUGUCCACCACCCAAGCAGUGUCCACCACUCAAGCAGUGUUCACCAUCCAAGCAGUGUCCACCACCCAUGGAGUGUUCACCAUCCAAUCAGUGUUCAGCACUCAAGCAGUGUUCACCAUCCAAGCAGUGUUCACCAUCCAAGCAGUGUUCACCAUCCAAGCAGUGUCCACCACCCAAGCAGUGUCCACCACCCAAGCAAUGUCCACCACCCAAGCAGUAUCCACCACCCAAGCAGUGUUCACCAUCCAAGCAGUGUCCACCACCCAAGCAGUGUCCACCACCCAAGCAGUAUCCACUACCCAAGCAGUGUUCACCAUCCAAGCAGUGUCCACCACCCAAGCAGUGUCCACCACCCAAGCAAAUGGCAAGUUAAUAAGAUUGUAG